AUGGGAUUUAAAAUAAGUUUCAAUUCAGUAUCAUUCAUUGUAAUAUUAGUAUCGUUUGUGUUUUUAUUAUUAGCUACUAUUAGUACACCCAUAGUCAACACAUUCAGUCUAGCUAAAACUGCUUCUCAUACUUAUGGUUUAUUUGGUUAUUGUGAUGAUAAUAACAAUUGUCUGGGUGCAACUUAUCCAAUAAUAUUAAGUGCUGUAUCUGACAGAACUACAAACUGGAUAUUUGAUGGUUCAAAGAGAGAUACUUUAGCUAAAAUAUUCAUUAUUACUCCAAUUGCUUUAGGAUUCAAUUUCAUAUUAUUUGUAUUGAUUAUUGCUACCCAUUUUGGUUCAAGAUCAGUAUGUUUAAUUGCAAUCGUUAUUAAUUUAUUGUCUUUAGUUUUGACUAUUGUUUCCACAAUUAUUACCAUUCUUACAUUUUAUCCAAAUAUGAGUUGGACAGGUUGGUUAUUAGUUGGAUCUGCAGCAGCCAACAUCGUCUCAAUCGCAUUCUUAUUAUUAUCCUUAAGAGUAAUGUCUGAUGACGAUGAUGACGAUUUAGAGAGUCUUACCCAAUUGGCAAAUUCAACUCCAUUUGCUGAUAAUACUGAAAAAUUCAAUGCUAGAUUCCCAAGUACAAACGCUCACGAGGCAACAAGUUCCUUAGAGAAAGAUUAUGAUUAUAGAGGAUAUACAACUACUAUGCGCCAUCCUACUGGUUCAAGUGGGUCUACCUCAGCGUACGGUAAUGCUCCAGCACCAGUUGCAUCAACUUCAUUAUUGAAUACUAGACCAUAUCAAGCAUUUGCUGAGAGUAAUGCUAAAUACAGCAAAUCUAGUGAUGCCCUUAUAUCUGCUGCUGCUGCUGCUGCUGCUCCUAUAUCUGCAGGUAUGGGACCUGGUCGUACUGACUCUUUCACUUCGAAUUAUAGUAAUGCAACUCCAAAUGCAUUCCAAUAUAGUGGGAAAGUAACUCCACCUCGUAAUUUCGAUGAUCCUCCUACCGGGGACUCCAAUUUACCACAACCUGAAUUCCAAUAUAAUAACUCCCACCCAAAUCAACCACCAAUUCCAUAUCCAGUAAAUCAAAACACCAACCACACUGGCCCUAACCCAUAUCAAAACAACCACGACGACAUGUUCGAAUUCGGCCCCCAAACAACAUCAGACCCUUCUCAUAAACUCUAUCGAGAACUCGACGACGAUUUCGACGAUGAAGAAGACCUAAACGCCCGUCAAUUCAGAGGAGGUGCUGGCACAAGUCAAGAUAAUAUGAUGAAUGAAGAAAUCUCCGACAACGAUUCCGAUUUCACUAGUGUUUCUCAAAGAGCACCAAAUCCUCAAUAUGUAGAUAAUUCGGGAUAUUAUCAACAACAGCAAUACGCGCCACAUCAACAACAACCACAUAUGCAACAGCCACCACAUGAAUAUGGACCUGUCCAGCCAGGAUAUGUCCCGCAAUCGGGACCAGGACCCGCGCCUGUUGGAGGAUACAACAUGCAACCUGUUCAAGGUGGAAGUAGUCUCAUCCCACCUAGGCCCAGUGUGUCAGAAGCGGCAUUGAGUAAUAAUCCCGAUUUUAGUAUUGGUGGAAGAUUUGGUGCGGCUAAUAAACGAAAAGUAGCACCUGGGUUUGUGCCUGUUGCUGCUAGGUAUAAUAAUGGACCUAGACCUGGUGGUGCUCCUGGGAGUGGUAGACCUGGCGGAGCUGCUGGUGGCGCUUAUGGAAUGAGAUAA